CAAACAGGAAGUGAGGCAAUUAAGGAAAUUGACCAUUUGGUAAAAUGUCAACAAAUGCUUAACUUUUAAGACCCGUUCAUUAUAUUAAUCGGUGAAAAUUGAUUGACCGUUUGAAACACGAGUCAAAUAUUUUUAAUAUAGUCAGGUACACUGGAAUGGAAAACAGCCAUGUCAGAUAUACAGCUUUCACAUCCAACCGAGUCAUCUCUGACUGUCCAUCAAGAAGGCAAGACAUUGCUAAUUGAUAAGAAAAAUACUAAGUAUGCAACUAUAGGAGGUAUUAUAUCAAGGAUUUUGCUGCCCGUUAAAAAGAGGAAAGUGGAGAAUGUCAAAAAACAGAGGUCCAAAAACCAUGGGGUGUCACAGAAGCAAUGUAAACUGUCAUUUCCACCAUGUAAGGUCUGCCUUGGAAAGGGAACAGGAUUGCAUUAUGGUGUAAACAGUUGUGAAUCUUGUAAAUCCUUUUUCCGAAGAUGCCUUACAAGAAAGGAAGAAUAUAAAUGUUCAAAGGGCAAAAACUGCCCUGUGACAUCACAGGUGCGUGGAAACUGCUCUGGUUGUCGAUAUUUACGGUGCCUUGAAGUUGGAAUGUCCAGAGAGGCCGCAUGUUUGGGGAGAUAUACCUUGUCUCGGAGAACAAAAACCAUCAUGGAAGCAAAGGGCGAGGAAGGUGCCCCAGAUAUUGAUGUCAGCAAAAAGGCUUCAAACAGGAUACGAAAGGAUGGUCUCUCUGCAAGCAGCCCUUAUUCAUGCAUUGACACCAUCAAGGUGGCUGCAGAUGGUUCUGAGGCUGAUACAUGUAGUCCUAUUCAGGACCAAUUGUUGACUGAGACAAAGUAUAUGCCUCUAAAGACCUCUGCAAUUAUAGAAGUGACUAUUGAAGAGGGAAAGCAGGCAAGUUGGAAGUAUAUUAAAGAUGAUCAUCCACAGAUGUAUAUUGAUCUUGUAGAGCAAUUAGUGUCGGCCAUGAAGGAAAUUCGACCAUUUGGGAGCAUUGUUACUGAGGAAGAAAUAAAAGCUAAGUUACAAGAGGACUAUGAAAGUUAUAUGACUAAAGCUGAGGUGUUUGGGAAAAUGAAGCCAGUUCCACAAGAUGAGUAUGUGACCUUGUUAGAAACAACUGGUAUUGAUAUUGAUGGGCGUCAGGAAUUCCUACGCCAGUCGGCAAUGUCUUGCCAACCUGUACUCCACAGCUAUAUAGCCUUUGCAAAUGUGGUACCUGGGUUUUCGUCACUGUCACUUGAGGAUCAGUGCAGUUUAUUGAAAACCUCACACUUCGAAGUGUUUUUAUUUUUGACUUACAAAGGUUACGAUUCAGACUUGCAAAUGAUCUUGACUGAAACAGGGAAAGCUUACCACAUUGACCAGGCAGCUGAUAUAUUUUAUUCGAGAAAUCUCAUUAAUUCCAUAUUUGAUGUCUGUAAGAAAAUUCAGGCACUUUGUCUGUCAAAGGAGGAGACAGCCCUGUUGCUGGCCAUAGCAGUGACAUUUGGGGACCGAUGCAAUCUUGAAGAUUCCAUCAGCGUUGAAGAAAUUCAGAUGCAAGUUGUGAGCAUUUUCAGAUGGUACUUGUCAGUAUCUCGGCCUCACAAUGCCUCGAAAUUUUUUACAAAAUUGUGGACUGCUUCGUUGCAAUGAGAGCAGUGAAUGACCGGUAUCUCAAAGAGUAUGGUGUCAUUUGUCAGGACAAAUUGGUCCAAAAGGAGGCUCCAAUCUGGCUAGCGUACAUAAACCCCAAGACGGUUCAGAAAAACAGCCAAAGGUCUAAUACAAGUGAUGAUGAUACGUUUGAACUAUGUAGUAAGGACUGCAGCAGUUGAUGUUCAAGUAUCAUCAUCUUGGGUUAUAAAGGGCCUCGGAAUAAGAAUUGAAUUUCAUGCUAAAAUUGUUAAAGUAUGCUUUGUAAAUUGUAAUCUAUAGAUUUGAUACUUCUUUUAGAUAUAUAUGUUUCAUUUUGAUUUUGAAAUUUAAGAGUUAGGUAAAGCAGAUUGUUUUUGUUUUUGACAUACAUGUACCAUGAUACCAACGAGGCAAAAAUUACAAUGUACCAGAGACUUAUAAGGACAUGAAAUGUUUUCAGUAACUUAUCCCUUUUCUCAUACAUUUAGUAUAGGCCCUCCAUAUAGUAUCGUGUUUUUAAGGAAAAACCCUCAAGAAGUGCUGGACAGUUAAUAUUUUUCAAUUUAUAGAAGUUGUAAUACAUUUGAUGGUUAUACAUGAAUAUAACGACAAUCAUUCUCUAAUAUCAUGAUUUCCGGUGUUGAUUGGAAAGUAGGUCAUGUUUAUUCUAGGGUGAUGCUAUGAUUUUAAAUGACAUAAAACACAAUAAUGUUAGUUUUUUAUGGAUUAAUAAUAGCUUUGUCAAAUGUUUUACAGGUAUAUGCGGCUUAUUUUUUAAUAAAAUGUAAAAAUCUUUUAAGAACAAUGUAAGCAAGAAUUUCGUUUUUCCAUUCAUAUACUAUUUUUUAGAACAAGCACAUGCACAUUGUAUCAAAUCUUAACAACCAAUCAGAAGGCUGAUAUUAUGAGAACGACUGUACCUGAUACAGACUACUACAGGGAGCUGAAUCUAGCCAGUAUUUUGUCAAAAACAAUACCGAUUUUAAUGCAGUUUAUUAUGGAUUGACAUAUAACAAAUGUGUGUUUUUGUAUGUGCUUACUUCCAAACUGUGUAUUUAUUCAUUAAUAAGGCUGAUGGAUAGACAUGCUAUAUGACAAAUUUGAAUGAUUUCAGUCUUGUGAUUGAUUGGUUGUCAAGUUGGAGAAAUUAUUUGAGCUGCGCUCUAUGUAUGUCAUCAUGAGUACCGUAUGCAAUCUGCACAGGCUAAUCAGGCACGACACUCUUUGCCUACAAUGGAUUUUGAUUUAAAGUAACAUAAAUUCUCAAAAUCAACAAACAUUUAGUACACUAUUUCAUAAAAUUAAGUUAAUACAUAAAAAAUCAGUGUUCCUUAUAGAAAUAGCCAAAAUUUCAAUUAUAGAUGUGGUAUGGUAACAUUGAUUUAACAAGAUACAAAAUUCUCUUUUUUAUUUUUUUGUGCGACAAUAUAUUUCAAGUUAAUUUCCCGCCAUGAUAUCCGAACACUGGCUUUGGGCAGCGUUGGAAGAACGACGUUCCCUGGUAAAUUUUAGAUAUCAUAGCCGGAAAUUCACAUGGAACAUACAUUUGUAUUGUGACACAAAAAAAUGAGCAUUUUGUAUUGCAUUUAAUUGAUGUUACCAGACCACAUCUACAGUUGUAAUUUUGGCUAUUGCUACAAAAGAACUUUGAUUCUUUAUUUGUUAACUUUAUUUUUCAAAAUAUUGUAAGAUUAAUAUUUGUUGAUUUUGAGUGUUUAUGGGCUUUUAAAGAGCCUUAUUUAAAAUGAGUAAUUUCAUAAAAGUGGAAACUGUCGUUCACACAGGCACAUCUGAGACCAUACUUUAGGCAUGUGCAUUAACCCUUUCAGUGCGGGAACCGAACUUUGAAGGCCUUUGCAAACAGUUUGGAUCCAGAUGAGAUGCCACAGAACGUGGCGUCUCAUCAGGAUCCAGACUGUUUGCUAUUCUGAUAGUAUUCUUUGAAAAAAAUCGAAGAAUAUGCUAAUUUUAGAAAUUCAGCAGACGACAUUUUAGCAGAAGACAAAUUUCCCAGCAUUCAAAGGGUUAAUCACUGAUAAGCCUUCACAGACAAUAAGCCUGGUUUUUCCAGAGUGGGGCCCUUUUUACAUCUGUUAACCAUUAGCUGUUGAAUAUCUGUUAACCAUUAGCUGUUGAACAUCUGUUAACCAUUAGCUGUUGGUACUUUAACUAGAAAAAGUAUUGCACUUACAUGUUAUCAAUUGAAAACCAUGCACGCUUGUUUUUCAAUUAUGUUGCAUCAAAUAUUUCAAAUGAUUUUUUUUAAUGUCUAGUAACUGGCUGCCUGGUGUAAUACGAUUAUGAUUUGAUGUUUAUAAAGUUAUACAUCUGUUGAUCUGUUAAUUUGAAUACUGCAAAGUUUUAUGACUUUUCGGGCAUAAUAUAAAUCACUGAGCGAUGA